AUGUUCAACCAAAGCUCCCCAGAGGGCUUCCUCCUUCUCGGCUUCUCUGAACACCCGGGGCUGGAAAGGAUUCUCUUCGUGGGUGUCUUGGUGUCCUACCUCCUCACCCUGGCAGGCAACACACUCAUCAUCCUCCUCUCCGUGAUGGACCCCAGGCUCCACUCUCCGAUGUACUUUUUCCUCUCAAACCUCUCCUUCUUGGACCUCUGCUUUACCACAAGUUGUGUCCCCCAGAUGCUGGUCAACCUUUGGGGUCCUAAGACCAUCAGCUUCGUGGGCUGCUCCAUCCAGCUCUUCAUCUUCCUGUCCCUAGGGACGUCUGUGGCCUGGGGCAUUGGGCUGGCAGAAUCAGUGAUCCAGACACCACCCACCCUCCGCCUGCCAUUCUGCCCCCACCGGCAGGUGGAUGAUUUUGUCUGUGAGGUCCCGGCUCUCAUUAGACUCUCCUGUGAAGACACUACGUACAAUGAGAUCCAGAUGGCUGUGGCCAGUGUCCUCAUCUUGGUAGUGCCCCUCAGUCUUAUCCUUGUCUCUUAUGGUGCCAUUGCUCGGGCGGUGCUGAGGAUAAACUCUGCCACAGCACAGAGGAAAGUUUUUGGAACAUGCUCCUCCCAUCUCCUUGUGGUCACCCUCUUCUAUAGCUCGGUCAUUGCUGUCUACCUCCAGCCCAGAAAUCCCUAUGCCCGAGAGAGGGGCAAGUUCUUUGGUCUCUUCUAUGCAGUGGGCACUCCUUCACUGAACCCUCUCAUAUACACCCUGAGGAACAAGGAGGAUUCUUCUUACAUCCUAUCCCUGGCAUAGUAUCUUUGAGAUCCAAUCACCAAGCUAAGAAUUGUGGAACCCACCUAUAAC